AUGAAGGUCGCGGUGGUGGUCUCAGUUUUUGCUCUCCUGGCUCGGCCAUUCGCGUCGGCCGAGUUGGCGUACUGUGCUUCAGAUAACACGGGGUCUUCCUUUAAAGCAGUUUCCAACACAUUUCAAUCAAAUGGAGCGUGUCAAACUACUUGCGCCAAUUAUGCCCUAGGUAUCCUACAAGGGAAGACAUGCUGGUGCUCAAAUGUUGCUCCUUCUAAGGGAUCGCAAUCUGACACCUCUGACUGUGAUACUUCGUGUCCGGGUUAUCCCGCCGACAGUUGUGGAAGUGCAUCCAAAGGAGUGUUCGCCUACGUGAGCAUUGUCGGCAAUGAUGUGACUAGCACAGCUGGUGGUUCAUCAACAACCACUUCGUCAACAACGUCAACUUCAACAACCUCAACCUCGUCCACUUCGUCGGAUGAUAAAACGACCACUACCUCAUCCUCUGUCUCAUUGGAGACCAACUCUGGUGGCCAAGUCAAGACAAUCACCGUUGCUGGACCAAGUUCAACUGCUGGUGCUGAUUCCGCAUCGGCUAACACUAGUGCUGUCGGAACGAAGUUGAGCGGAGGUUCCAUCGCAGGCAUUGUGAUUGGUGUUCUCGGAGGAAUCGCCUUGAUUGGUGCUCUCAUCUUCUUGAUCUUCUUCUAUCGCAAACGCGCUCGUGCCGCCAGCCCUAUCCCAAGUAUGACCGAGGACAGAACCAGCAGGGGAUCGAGCUUCAUGGGAGGCCUCUUCCCACGGGGCAAUGGAGAAGGCGUUGCUGGUGGCCCUGUUCCCGCACGUUCGGGUACAACAUUCACCGAUCGACGAAUGAAGACCAACACGGUUCUCUACCCGAAUGGUCCUCGGGACAGCAGUGUUUCGCUGCAAGACAACGAAGACUACUCGCGUCCUGUUCUUCGGCUUACCAACCCCGACUAA